AUCUGUUGUAAACGUUAGUUUUUGCUUAACGUAGCCGAUUCGGUAAAGCAAAAUGUGCAACGCUAACCCUCUGAUGUCGGGUGUUGAAAAUGAAUUCUCCAGCCUCACAGCUCUAUCUGAAAAGCACAUCUUCGAUGUCCUUACAUGACCGCUUCACCAGCUUAGUGAAGAAAAGCCAGUCAGAGCUGACUGACAUUGGAGCCAACAUGCAGCAGCAGACAGCUUCGCUGAAGAACCAGCGGCUGGCUCAGCAGAUGGCUAACUGGCCCUCGGUACUGGCUGCCCUGCAGAAAAUACCGAGUAUGAAGCAGCGUCUUGGUAAGCGGAGCAUCAAGGCAAGGCUAAAUAGACCCUUGAUGAAGGGAGGGGUGCGUGACAUGGGGAGGCACUGGGGCAGGCCAAAAGGAAGAGGAGCGUUGUUCAGGGGAGCAUUAUCAAUGAGAUGCAUGAAAGGAUUGCAAGGCGUAGUCUCUGGUUUAGUGACACAUGAAGGCCUGACUCACCAACAGCAUGGAUCUCAUAUAAACAGACCAGGAGUGAUGCAGAAAAGAGGUGUAAGAGGAUGUCUGAGAGGCAAUGGUCUGGCCACAGGAGGGCGUGGGGAAUUUUUAGGUCGUGGCUGUGGUGGAGGAAGAUACAGAGCAGAGAGUCGCCCUGUCCCCACUCGAGAGCAGCUGGAUGAGCAGUUGGAUGACUACAUGUCUAUGACCAAGAGUCACCUGGAUGCACAGCUGGAUGCAUACAUGGCUGAAGUUGACUGAGGAGUAGCUGUAAUUUGGUCUGGCUAUGGGAACAAGGUUUCACAGUGCUUUCACCUUUGGGGACAAAAAUCUUUCUACUACAGCAUGCUGCCUCUGCUGAUAUUUUUGGCUCGGGGAGAAAAAAGUAAAGAAAAUCUAUUGGACAUACUUAUUUGAAAGUUGAAACCAAACCAUUUAACUCUUAUUCUAACCAUAGCCCCUGUUAAUGAAAGGCUAUUCUACAGACUUAAGAAGCCUUCAUGCCAGACAAGGGUUGUAGAUUGCAUGAUCCUUGCAAUCUCUGCAUAGCCAAGCAUAGUUUGACGUUUUAUUUACCAGCAGGAAGAUCAGCAGUCUUUUUGGUUAAAAUGGUAUUACACUUUGUCCAAGGGCAGUGUUCCUUAAUUGUGCUCCUUGUGACCCACAGCAUUGCAUAUUUUCUACUAUUCUACUAUUUUCUACUAUGGUUCAUGAUUAUAGAGCCAUUUGUGAGUUGUGUGAAGUGUGUUGAGGCAAGGAGUAAUUGAAACUGCAGUAUUAUACAAUUGCCUUUUAUGUGCUGUUGUAACAUAACUGGAGGUGUUAAGUAAUGGCUUAAUUUGUAAGGGUUUUCCUGGUAUGAUCUUGGACCUCUGCAUAUGAUUGGUCUAAACCUGUGGUCCUAGUGUGCUGCAGUACUCGGUAUUUCAGCAUUUUCUUUGAUCUAAUCCUUAGUUAAUCUUCUGAGUGUUUUGUUUGAUUAAUGAGCUGAAUUAGAAAAAACUGGAGUUCUGCUGCUGGAGCUGACUUUAGGUCCUUCGCAGUUGACAGUAGUCUUGAGCGCUCUCACCAGGCUGAUAAAUACAACUGAGAUGUCAAUUUUUGUUAUUCCAUUUAAACAAAAUACACUGUGGAAAGGUUUCAUUUUAGACAAAGUGCUAAAGUGAAAAGGAUUGCUCAGCUCUGAGUAAAAGAUUCAGGACUUGUUUUAGAAUUCAGAUUUCUGUGUUCUAAAAUAUUUUGAGCAUGGAGAUCCAAGCUGUACAAGACUUGGCCAACAUUGUUUUUGAUUAAAUGUGAAUGUGCCGCCAGAUCUGUUAAGCACUGUAAACCCUGGACCUACAGCACUAAAACAAUGCACCCAAGUUGUCAUUAAUGCCAAAGAUGCAAAAUUUUUUUUUUUUUUU